ACCUUCAGAACACACAUUGUCAUGUGGACUGUCCUGGGGUUAGCAGCAGUCUUCCUGUCUGCCUCAGGUAAGUUAUUCUCAUAGCCUCAAUAGAGACAUGGUGUAGAUGCAAAGUUUAGGAGGGGUGGUAAUGGUCAGCAAUAAAUCACAAUUGCUUAUAGUGUUAUGUUGUCUUAAACUCAUGUCUCUUGUUGUAACACAUCCUCAUCCUCUGUGGAUAUUAAGUAUAUCUUCAACUGAGACAUGGUUCUAAGGUGAAGGUCAUUAUUUCUGGUUUCCUCAAUGAAGACUGUUUAUCAAGCAGAAUCUUAAUAAUUGCAGUUGUCUCAUCUCAAAACCUUUUUGUCACUCCCACACAUACUCCCACACAUCCUCAGUUCUCCUUUCUACUCCCCCUCAUGUGUGUGUGUGUGUGUCUGUGUGUGUGUGUGUGUGUGUGUGUGUGUGUAUAUAGUAAAAUCCCAGUCCUCCAUCUAUGUGUGUGUGUGUUUACAGUAACAUCCCAUUCAUCCAUUUAUGAGUUUGUGUUUACAGUAACAUCCCAUUCAUCCAUCUAUGAGUUUGUGUGUGUUUACAAUAACAUCCCAGUCAUCCAUCUACAAUACUAUUUAUUUUGUGUUCUUGUUCCGAGAGUCACAUGCACGUAUACACUUCUCUUUUUAUAUCUCAAUGAAGACUGUAUAUUAAGCAGGCCCACACAUACACCUACACACCCCCUGUUCUCCUUUGAGAGAGAGAGAUAUCACUUUCAUUAUUACUGUCUUGCUGCAUUGACGGCUUCAGGACAGGAAGAGACUUGAUCUGAGUUCAAGGUCAGCAAAUCAUUGUUUACUCCAAAUGGAAAACAUUUCGCAAAACAAACAAAAAUGGUUUAUAUUGGAAAACUUCAGCCUAGGUCUUACCAGGACACACAGGACACCCAGCGAGCCCUUCCACAGCAAGCCAGGCUAUGCUCUUUCAUUUACAUAUGUUCUUAUAAUGUCCGAGAGACCCUCUAGGCCAGGGAUGGGCAACUUUGAUGGGGGUGGGGGCCACAAAAAUGGAACUCAUUUAUUUUUAUUUUUUUAUUUUUUGGUCAUUUAGCAGACGCUCUUAACCAGAGCGACUUACAGUCCUAGUCAGCUCGGGGAUUAGAACCAGCAACCUUUCGGUUACUGGCACAACGCUCUUAACCACUAAGCUACCUGCCGCCCCUCACUCAUCAUGAGGGGGCGCAGUGGCUUGUGGGUCUGCCUACCACAUCCAUAUCCCCCACCCCCACCCACCUACCUUGCGAGCAGAACAUUUUAGCAGCCCCCCUCGUGACAGCGAAGAGUAAACAUUUACGUUUUAAAGUUUAUUUCCUGCAAUUCUGUGCAUUUUGCCAUGGGGUGUAGAGAAAAUGUUGCCGUUUUAUAACUAAAUUCCUGCAAUUCUACACAUUUUGCCAUAGGGUGGAAGCAAAUGUUUGCUGUUUUUAAUAUGAUAACUGAUGAUCAAUCGGUAAUUCGACCAUGCUUACUACAAGUUUAGAUAGCUGGCCACUAGACUAACUUACCAAUCUAAAAACAUUUAGCUGACAUGGGCUAAUUGAGUGACUGCUGAUGCACAACCACAUUUUGAAAUUGCAUCUUGUGUAUUCUAUUAUUCUAACUCUCAACAGUAAGUUGAGACCCCGACUGAGUUCCUGUGUGUGAAAUUGGUCCGCGGGCCUACAAAUGUUGCCCAUCCCUGCUCUAGGCCAUUGUCAUAGUCCUGGAAGGCCGAUGCCGCUUGUUCCAUAGUCAAUAAAUCCAUGAAUUCCCUUAACCAAAUGUCCAUGCUGAAGCACUGCGGUUUACGCUCUUUCCAAUUCAUAAGUAUUGUCCAUUUGACUGAUAGGAAGGCCAAUGCAAUGAUACGCUGCGUGGUUCUAGGUUGGACCUUUUCUGUAGCCUGAAAAGUCAGGACACCUGAAAUGGAGCUGAAACUGUCCCGGGGAAAACGGGAUGGUCACCCUAACACACACGGUCAAAUUACUAGACUAGGCUACAAUGUGUAGGCCUAUUACUUCAAAUAGGCCUACCGGUAGCCAGUGAUGUAGUGGUAAAAAAAAAAUGUUUGACGGCUGCAGUGAAAAUGUUUAUGCUCCCUAUACUUUCAGUGCAUUUUUAAAUGCAUCAGGUCGCUAACAGCCUGGUACUCAGCACUCUAUUGUCCUUCUAACCACUCUGACAUUAAUGCAAAUGCAAUUGAAAAUCACAUCAAAACAUUUAUCUUCAAAACAGUAUCGUGCUUUUGAAACACACCUCACUGUGAUGAUCAAUUUAAAGAAAGAAGUUGAACAGCAGGUUGAAACUGAGUGGAAAACAUGGUCGUUGUGGAUGUUGUUUCAAAGCCUAAUACAACGAAAUGGACAGCGCUUUCUAAGGUGAUGAUUAAUUAAAAACAUCCAUAUGCAUAUUAGAGCUUAUUCAUAGGCCUAAAUAUGAGCCCAAGCCCGAAUUAAAUAAUUGAAUUAAAAUAAUGACUUUGCCUUUAUACAAUACAUAGCCUACCGCAUAUUACACACAGCAGAAAAACAUAAAACAAAACUGAUUUAAGAUGUCUUUGGUACAAAAUUGGUUUAGCCUAUACUCCAAAAUUAAACAAAUUUUAGUAAUCACCUUUGAGUGUGGACUGUAUUAUUAUGCAUACUGGAUGGACUGGUUACCUUAUACUAUUCUCCAAACUCUUUCUCCACGAGUCUGGGAGAGAACGUAUUAUAAUAAUAAUAAUAAUAGUAUAGACUUAGGCGAUGCUGUUGGUUCAUUGAUUGUGCAGGGCGGCUUACAGAGUUGGCCUACAAUUGUAGUGAAUUUGUAUUUGAUUUUGAAAAGCCUAGUUGUAGGGCAUUUUUUAAUAUUUUCAUAAUUCAUAGGCUGACUCAUUACCUUUAGCUAUACAGAAUAUCUCACCACCGCGCAUUUACAUCUCCUCCCCUCUCUCUCAUUCAACAGUUUAAUAAUUAAAUAUGUUUUGUUGUGAAAAAACAUGUUACUAUCGAUGUUCCCAACCAGAUUUCACUUGGUUUCCCAAAUUAAGAAUGGGUAGUUCCAGGAACAGGGUUGAGAGCCCAUGGCAUACAGAGUUUGGGCGGAAUAUCACCUGAGUGAAAGUGUUCUUAAAAGCCCAGACAUUUCUAUAUGCAAUCCCGUGUGAAAGCAGAGUUUUGAUGGUUGCCACUAAAAAGAGGAGGAUCCCAGCUGCUACUAUAUUUAUUAUUUAUUUCUCAGCUGCUCAUAUUAAGCACAUGCUCCGCUAUAAAACCGAAGUAGCCUACCCGGCAAAAUUGAAAAACUUACUGGCGGGAAAGAGGCAUCCAUUCGCUAUUCGAGUGCAUACGGCUGACAUGUACUGUAUAUUUUCCCCUGCCCCUGUUCCUGCCCAUUUGAUGGAUUAACUUGGCAAAGUAGAAAUGCUCACUAACAGGGAUGAAAUACACAUUUGUUCACAAACUCUGAGCGAAAUAAGCUUUUUGUGCGUAUGGAAUUUCAGGGAUUUCUGGGCUAUAUUUUUUAGGCUCAUGAAACAUGGGACCAACACUUUACAUUUAUAUUUUUAUUCAGUGUAGUUAGGCCAGACAUCUACAAAAGAAGCCUAGACUGACAGAGACACACACAGACUCCAAAUAGCUAGCUUAUAGCUAAUUGUUGGUUAAGGGCUUGAAAGUAAGCAUUUCACUGUAAGGUCUAUGUUGUAUUCGGCGCAUGUGACAAAUAAAAUGUGAUUUGAUUUACAUGUUGCAUUUAUAUUUUUGUUCAGUGUAGUUACUGGGAUGUUACUGGAAACACACACACACACACACACACACACACACUCAUAGAUGGAUGAUUGGGAUUUUACUGCACACACACUCGCAGUCUUGUUUAACUAACCUUGUGGGGACACACAAUGUACAGUGCAUUCGGAAAGUAUUCAGACCCCUUGACCUUUUCCUCUGUGAAGAUGGGAGAGCCUUCCACAAGGACAACCAUCUCUGCAGCACUCCACCAAUCAGGUCUUUAUGGUAGAGUGGCCAGACGGAAGCCACUCCUCAGUAAAAGGCACAUGACAGCCUGCUUGGAGUUUGCCAAAAGAUUCUCUGGACUGAUGAAACCAAGAUUGAACUAUUUUGCCUGAAUGCCAAGCGUCACGUCUGGAGGAAACCUGGCACCAUCCUUACGGUGAAGCAUGGUGGUGGCAGCAUCAUGCUGUGGGGAUGUUUUUCAGCAGCAGGGACUGGGAGACAGGAUCGAGGGAAAGAUGAACGGAGCAAAGUACAGAGAGAUCCUUGAUGAAAACCUGCUCCAGAGCGCUCAGGACCUCAGACUGUGGCUAAAGUUCACCUUCCAACAGGACAACGACCCUAAGCACACAGCCAAGACAAUGCAGGAGUGGCUUCGGGACAAGUCUAUGAAUGUCCUUGAGUGGCCCGGCCAGUUCCCGGACUUGAACCCAAUCGAACAUCUCUGGAGAGACCUAAAAAUAGCUGUGCAGCGAAGCUCCCCAUCCAACCUGACAGAGCUUGAGAGGAUCUGCAGAGAAGAAUGGGGGAAACUCCCCAAAUACAGGUGUGCCAAGCUUGUAGCGUCAUACCCAAGAAGUCGCGUGGCUGUAAUCGCUGACAAAGGUGUGUCAACAAAGUACUGAUUAAGGGUCUGAAUACUUAUGUAACUGUGAUAUCAGUUUUUUUUUUUUAUCCAUUUGCAAACAUUUCUAAAAAGCUGUUUUUGCUUUGUCAUUAUGGGGUAUUGUGUGUAGAUUGAUGAGGGGGGAAAAAACUAUUGAAUCCAGUUUAGAAUAAGGCUGUAAUGUAAAAACAAAAGUGGAAAGAGUCAAGGGGUCUGAAUACUUUCCGAAUGCACUGUAUAACCAUUCAAAAUCCUAUUUUCCCUAACCCAAAACCUAACCUUAGUCCUAACUCGUAACUCCUAACCCUAAACCUAAUUCUAACCCUUAUUCUACCUUAACCCUAAACCCCCUAGAAAUAGCAUUUGAGCUUGUGGGGACUAACAAAAUGUCCCCAGUUGGUCAAAUCUUUGUUUCUUUUACUAUUCUUGUGGGGACUAUACCCACAAGUAGAGUUAAACACAUCCAUAGAUGAAUGACUGGGAUUUCACUGUAAACACACACACACACACACACACACACACACACACACACACACACAGGAGGAGUAGAAAGGAGAACUGAGGAUGUGUGGAAGUUAGUGUGGGUGUGACAAAAAGUUAUAAAGACAAUUGACAUCAGAUUAAGAUUCUGCUUGAUAAACAGUCUUCAUUGAGAUAUAAAAAGUGUGUGUGUGCGUGUGCGUGUGUGUGUGGUUCCAAUAGUGUGCAGUAUCAUGUUUAUUGGCAAACAAAAUGUGUUGUGAUAUUGCACAAUAACCGUUGAGAGAAACCACAUUCUGGACGUUUGCCCAAACAUCCUUUUUAGAGUCUGGUUCUUCUUGUUUCCUGUACUCCUCUGUACUGAGGGGAGAUUUUCUAAACCACUUUUGCCAUUUUCUUAUCUUGUGAAAGACCAAUGCAACUUCCCCAAAACAUUAUUGAAAUUAACCUUGAGAAAUUUAAUCUUCUCAACUGGUCUUUUUUUAUAUUGUAGCCCAUUUGGAGCGGCUCCAAGCUAUUGUGGGACAGAAUGUCCUCCUGCACUGCCCCUGCGAGAAGACAAACGAGAGAACGGGCAUUAAAUGGCAGUUAGAAGACCAUACCUUUGUGCUUCACCACAAUGACAGGCAUAACACCACAACCAUCGGGAAUGGAUACGAAAACAGGGUCAGUCUCUUUCUGAAUGAAGACAGGGGCAACUGUUCCCUGCUCCUCUCAGGCAUCACUGUCGCAGACAAUGGGAUGUACAAAUGCUACAUUGAAGCCAAUACUUUGUACUACUUUCACAUCACACUGCAUGUUGCUGGUAAGCCAUUUGUUGUUCAUUCAGUUAUUCUGCUAUUGGUUGAUUUAUUUGUCCCCCCCCUCCCCCUUUGUACUUCAUAAGUGACUCCAUUUCAGGCAUGCUCUCUCCUCUCCAGCGAGCUACAGUGUAUGUAUGCACCAGGUACCAGACAAGGCUUCGGUGGGUUCCGGAGGGGGAGAGGGGUUCGGGGUGUACCAGUGUAAAGCCUCCGGGGGAUACCCAACGGGCCAGAUUUACUGGAAGAUGGAUGGACAUCCUCUGGUGAACAUCUCCAGGAGGGAUGAGACCCACCUGGAUAACUCUACAGGACUCUACAGUCUGACGAGCAACCUGACCAUGGAGCUGAGUCAAGGUGAAAAACUGCAGUGUAUGGUGAAGAACACAUACCAUGCCUCUAACCUCAGCUCCAGCUGCAAUGAAACGCCUGGUGAGUACAGGAGAUGAGUGACACCAGUAGACAUAACACAGCAGCAGUAAAUCAUGGUAGUCAGGGUCUGGAGUUUCAGCCCCAUGAUGAUUUCAUUGAAGAAUGUUGGUUAGGGUGUCAGCUUGUACCCAAAAGUCCCAAAACAUCUGCAUAGGAAUGCAUGAGAAUGAAAAGCUAGGAGUGGGUGCAUGCGUAUGUGUGUGAAAGUGCGUGAGCAAUCUAGGGGCAAGCCCAGGCAUAAAAACAGAAAAGGAAAAACCUAAUCUCUAAACUAGAGUGAAACUAUAGAGAAACAACAGCAUUAUCUUUGAGACUAAACUAUUAGCAUUACCAAUGUGUAGAGAAUAGUGUUUCCUCUGACUCAACACAAAUGUUUGGAUAAGAAAAUGAAGGAGCUGGAUCCACAGUGAUGUGUUGAGUAUUAGACAAAGAAAGUUGCACUGCUGUUGCAUAUAGGGAGGAGGUUAGUGUUUUAUUUGGAAAGCCUUCUCACCACUUGGUCAAGUUUCAAAUUCCUCAACUUUUUGGCUUCUCCGUCUCUCAUCUAAAACAUGUUUUUGGAGUGUGUCAUAGUUUGUAUUAACUAUUUAUAUGUUUUCUGUUUCAUCUCUGCUUUCCAGGAUCCAGUAGAAAUAGUCUCAGUAAAGUAGCAGUAGGUGUGUCUGUCAGCGUGGUUGUGAUGCUUGUUGCGGGAGUCCUGCUGGUGAUCUUCUUACUGACUAGAUGUCAUCGGCGUGAAAGGCCAACGGUGAGCUCUUGUCCUCAUUAUACCACUGUGUUAUCUGUCCAAGUGUUAAUGCUAUAAAAAUCACCAGCAUCUGGGCACAAAUCAGAGAGCAAACUGCAAUGGUUUAUCCAUUAAAGGUGUUUGAAUUACAAAAAUACAAAAAACGAAUAAGACUUUGAUAUUGAUGCACCUAAAUAGUGAUUGAAUAGAGCGGUUUCAGUCUUAUCAGUCUCAUGUUUUGUUUUCCCUGGUAGAAGCAGAGAGACACGGAGGAAGGAAACGUGACCCAGCCGUUGAACAUCUAUGAAGACUCUGUCUGAGUGUGUCUUCUCCCUCCGAUACAACAAUCUCUCCUCAACUGACGGACGACAAAAUGGAGGGAUGGUGACUUGCAACGAGAGGAACUAAAACUUAAGAUAAUGCCUGUGUUAAAAGUAGCACUGUAGAGCAACAUUGUGCAAUGUGUUGUACUGUCAUGUCUGAACUAUAUUCUGUGGCCGUAA